AGGCAUGGCGAGAGAGGAGAGAAUACAGGGUUCCUCACAUUCAUCUGGAACUAAAUGUUUCUCUUCAUCAUGUAUCGGCUGCAUCCUGCGGGUUUUAUUUAUUGCACUAAUACACACGGCGGAGGCCAACAAGCAAGCUUUCAUCCAGUCAAACAAAAUCCUGGAGGUACUACAUUUCGGGGAUGGAGGCUUCCUGCAGGCAGAGUCGGACAUCGACCUUAGUUCAUAUCAUCAAAAAAGUGCAUCUUCACAUAGAGGGAAUGGCCGGCCUAUACGCUUCGAGCCACCGAUGCUGGACUUCCAUGAACAGCCGGUCGGGAUGCCAAAAAUGGAAAAAGUUUACUUACACAAUCCCAGCACAGAAGAAAUUAGUUUAAUAUCAAUAUCAGCAACAACGGCUCAUUUUCACGCCUCCUUUUUUCAGAGUCGAAUAAUUCCACCGGGAGGAAACACCUCAUUCGACGUGGUAUUUCUAGCUCGAGUCGUAGGGAAUGUAGAAAACACAUUAUUUAUUAACACAUCUCAUCAUGGAGUGUUCACAUACCAGGUGUUUGGUGUGGGCAUCCCCAACCCGUACAGACUCAGGCCCUUUGUGGGGGCCCGGGUUCCAGUAAACAGCAGCUUCUCUCCGCUCAUAAACAUCUUUAAUCCGCACAGCGAGCCGCUGCAGGUUGUGGAGAUGUACUCGAGUGGAGGUGAUUUACAUCUAGAGCUGCCCACUGGUCAACAGGGUGGCACUAAAAAGUUAUGGGAAAUAGCUCCAUUUGAGACCAAGGGUGUGAUGAGGGCCAGCUUUUCCUCACGGGAUGCUGACAAUCACACGGCCUUCAUCAGGAUCAAAACCAACGCGUCCAGCGAGGACGAGUUCAUCAUCCUCCCUGUGGAAGUGGAGGUCACCACAGCGCCGGGUAUUUACUCAUCAACAGAGAUGCUGGACUUUGGUACACUCCGAUCACAAGAUCGUCCAAAACUGUUAAAUCUGCAUCUUUUAAAUUCCGGAGCAAAAGAUGUAUCGAUCAUGAGCGUUCGUCCCACGCCAUCGAACGAAGCUAUCUCUGUCGAGUUUAAACAGAUCACGUUAAAAGCAGGAGAGAGUCGAUAUACCAAAGUCGCUGGCAUUUAUUUUGAUGCUUCAAAAGCCAGAAGACCAGACCAGUUCUCUGGUAAAAUAACAGUCAAGGCGAAAGAGAAGAGCUACUCGAAACUUGAAAUUCCUUACCAAGCUGAAGUUUUAGAAGGGUAUCUGGGUUUCGACCACACGGCCACCCUCUUCCAUAUUAGAGACAGUCCUGUAGAUCCAGUGGACCGGCCCAUCUACCUCACCAACACCUUCAACUUCGCCAUACGCAUCCACAACGUUUCCCUCCCAGAAGACGCCAAGAUGUUCAAUGUGCGUAAUUUCAGCACGCCGGUCCUCAUCCCUCCCCACGAAUCCCGCUAUAUAUUCUCCCUUCUGUUCCGGCCCGUGCGUCCUUCCAUCCACAUCGACAGCAACAUCCUCCUCAUAACCAACGCGUCCAAGUUCCACCUUCCGGUCAGAGCCUACACCGGGUUUCUGGAGCCUGUUGUCCUUCCACCCAGUCCUAACGAACACACCUUGGAUUUUGGGGUCCUCAGUGCCACAGACUCCAAGAAUUUGGUGUUUGUGGUUGUCAACAGCAACCCUAUUGAGCUGGAAAUAAAGUCGUGGCUGGUGACCGGGGACAGUCUGUCUAUGGAGCUACUCACCACAGAAAAGGGGAACAGGAGCACGGCGCUGAGUCGACUCGGAGAACUCCACGACAGCUCAGCCGCCCAUCACCAGACCGUAAUUUUGGCUUCUGGCUAUUAUGCAGCAUUUAAAGUAACUCUGGUGGCUAAAGCUCUGGAGGGCGUGUAUGACGGAGCCGUACACAUCACCACGGAUUACGAGAUCCUGACCAUCCCUGUAAAGGCCCUGAUAGCUGUGGGAACGUUAGGCUGCUCGCCCAAACACAUAGUCAUGCCGCCGUCAUUUCCGGGAAAAGUGGUGCACCAGGGGCUGAGCAUUCAGAGCUCGUUCUCACAGAGGGUGAGGCUCCAGCAGAUCCUCUCUCUCACCGAGGACGUUCGCUUCUACUACAAACGCCUGCGCAGCAACAAACUAGAGCUGGAGCCCAGGCGCAAGUCAAAGAUUGCAAAUAUUUAUUUCGACGCCGGUUUGCAGUGUGGCGAUCACUGUUACGUAGGAUUACCGUUCGUCCUGAAAUCCGACGCGAGACCGUACAGCCCUGCCAUGCAGGAGGACAUUUGGGACUCGGAUGUAGAUUUGCAUCAGAAGCUGCUGAAGAGAUGGAGAGAGUUAAAGGAACAGUCAGGACUCGAGGUCGAGGCGUUCUUCGAGGUAAACACAGAUCUGCAGAAGAAGGUGCAGGCUCGGAUAACGGCACAGCUCACCUGGCCCUCGCUGGUCAACUCCUCAGAGCAGGUUCUGUUCCCCCUGACCAACAUCCACAGCUCCUCGGAGGAAGAGAUCGUUCUGGAGAACCCGGCCGACGUCCCCGUCUACGUGCAGGUCCUUCCCGUCGCCCUCUACCCAAACCCCUCGGCGUUCACAGCGAUACUGGAGGACAGGUUCCCAAGAGUCAAAAUAUCCAACAUUGACACCAACACACUGGAAUUCGAGGUCUGCAGAAAUCAAUCCUCAGUAACGAGUUCUGCAGGAUUCACGGACGGCUCCACACACAGCUUUGUCUUCAACAUGCUGCUGAUGCCCGGGGAAGCUAAAUCACUCACUGUGAAGUUCUCACCCGUCAGUAAUCACACCGUCUCCUCCCUGCUUGUGGUCAGGAAUAACCUGACAGUCCUGGACCUGAUUAUGGUGCAUGGUCAGGGUUCCAGAGAGAGUCUAAAGCUAGCUGGGAAGCACCCAGGACCGGGCAGCUCGCUUCGAUUUAAACUGACCGAGGCGCUCCUGAAAGACUGCUCGGAAAAAAAAGAUAAACCCAAGGAGCCCAAUUUCACCAUGCGAAGGACCUUCAGGCUGGAGAACACAGGGCUCCUUCCCAUUCACAUCCGUUCUAUGGAGAUCAGCGGCGCCACCUGUGAGGGCUACGGGUUUAAAGUUCUCAACUGUCAAGAAUUUGCACUUAAACCGAACACUUCGAAAGACCUCAUCAUACUGUUUACACCAGAUUUCACGUCUUCUCGAGUCAUCCGCGAGCUAAAGUUGGCGUCCACAGGCGGCUCGGAGUUCGUCUUCGUCCUGAACGCCUCGCUGCCCUACCACAUGUUGCCAGUUUGUUCAGAGACCAUCCCUCCUCCCAACUGGGAACUAGAGCUCUACGUCGUCGUCUCGCUCUUCAUGAGUUCUAUGUUCCUCCUGGUUAUUGCGACUGCUUAUCUGGAGGCCCAGGGAAUAUGGGAGCCUUUUAAACGCCGCCUGUCUGUGGAAUCCAACUCCACCAUGGAGACCGGAAGACCGUUCGAUCUCAGGGAACUCGUACGAAUUCAAAAUGAUGCAAACUUGAACGAUUUUUCCGACCCGCACCAGAACCCUAGAGGAGCGUACGGGUCGGGUACCAACGGCCGGGCCGGCGGGCGCCAGCCUCUGCACUCCAACGGCAGCACCGUUUCAGGGGACGGCAAGUCCAGAGGCGGUUCAGGCCGCUCAUCGUCUAUGCAAUCCUCCCUCGCUUCGUCCUCUCAGAUUAUUAAAGAUGGCGGCUCGGGACUGACCAAUCGGAAGGCGCGAAGCUCCAAACAGCAGCAGCAGCAUCAGCAUCAGCAUCAGCAGCAGACGUCCAACCACGUAGAGGAGCUUCAAAACCUGAGCACAGCACCGCCGAGUCAGUCUCACAGAGCCCACAGUGCAGAUGAGCAGGAAUACAACAGACUUCUGGUGGCCAUGGAUAAAGACCUGGAGAGGCCAGAGUCUUCUGCCAUUAACACCUUCAUGGAACAGAAUAUACAGCCGCCCUCACACAGUAAAGCUCUGGAAUCAAAAGGCAAAAUGAAGAACAAAAUAAAAUAUCAGAAGAAGAAAGACGAAAGGGAGAGGAAAGCCAAAGUAAAGACUCGGGAAGAGUUGAAAGAGGCACUUGCGGAUAACGAUGACAGCUCCUCCACCACCACAGAGACGUCCAACCCAGACACGGAGGCUAAUGUUAAAGAGGAACCUGUAAAGAAGAAGGUCAGAACAGUUCCAAUAGAAAAAGAACAAGAAGUUCCUCCCUCACCUACCAAACCUAAAAACAAAAAGCAACCAAGCACCAAGAAAGAGAAUCAAGUGGAAAAGUCCAGUUCUCUGGAACUCCCCUAUGUCACUCCACUGGAAAACAAACAGCGCAAGACGUUCCCAAAAACCAUCACCGGUACGGGAACUCAGAACGCCCCCAAACCACGACCUUCACAGAAACAGAGGCUGCUGGAUGGGAAGCUGGAGGACGGACGUCCAGCUCCACUGGCCAAGUUCCCUAAUGGCUUCAUGCAGGACUUCAGCAGCGGCUCGGAGGGGGAGAAGGAAUCGCCUCCGCCGGAAUGGGACGUCCCGAUCAAAGGUUACAUCCAAGCGGACAGUCUUCAGCAGAUCUCCAUACAGACCAUGAAUGCAGAUCAUUUUCUGAAGAGACAGAGCUUCGGACCCUGCUCGCCUCCCCCGACCUCUCCCACCCUGAUGCCCGGCGUCAGCUACAGCAGCGUGCUCAACACCAACAGUGAGGUUAACUCAAAAAAGGCUCCUGGAAAUAAGGUGACCAAGUCCACAUCUUUAGCUGGCCAAAAUGGAAAUCCAACGUUUGCAGCGGUGGCUGCCGGAUACGACAAAAGCCCAGGUGGAUGUGGCUCAGGGAAGAAUGAAGGUCUGGGAAAGGUGGCUCUACCUCACAUGACAUCCGUGGAAAGCGACAACUCUGAUAGUUCUGGCUUGUGGAGUCCUAUAGAAAGCACCAUCACCCCCGGCUUCAAUUCCACCAACUCCUUCUCCGCGUUCGGCACCAACAACCCGUUUAACCUGACCGGAGUGUUCAGUGACAUAACAGCACCCAAGAACAUCGAGUCGACCUGGCCGGAUUACACCGUGUCCUCUUCCUCUGUGUCCUCUUCCAUCUGGGAUACGGAACGCUCGAACCCCUGGCCUACCAGCAGCGGCUCUCCCACCACUCCAACAUCUUCCAUCCUGGGAAGCUCGAGGAACCCUUGGUCCCCCACUCCGGUCCACUUCAGCAGCUCGAUCUGGUCCACCACCCUGCACUCCCCUCCGAUCCCUGAUAUGGUGAGCCACACCGUUCCACACACUCCAGCCUCCCCCGAAAUCAGCCACACCUACAACCCCUGGAGCGGCUGGCCGUCGUCGCUGAGCCGGAACUGGAACUCCGAGCCCUGGCCCAACAACCCGGACGACGACGGCGCCGACUAACCGGAGCGAAGACGUCCCGAAACGUCGGCCCCUCUGUAACAGCAAAAAACGAAACGAAUGCCAUGUUUCUGUUCUUCAGAUGUUUUAUGUUUGUCUUUAUGAAGGUCCUGAGAUUCCAGUUUUAUUUUAUCUUAACGAUUGACGGCGUCCAAAUUCAGCUUAAAUUUAAAGAUUAUUUUAUUUAUUAAGGGGUGUGGUGCAUACGUUACACUGGUGCCCCUUUUUAUCAUUUUAGAAGUUCUCAUUUGGUGUAAUACUGUCUUUUUUUUCUUUUGGAACUAAAGCACAUGGCCCUGUAUCGCUGAACGGUUUAAAAGGCAGUGUUACCCAACUUUACACCAAGCACUUUGUGUUCAACUCCACUCCUAAAGAGACGUGGGCUGUAAUCGAGGAGUGAUAUUAAUUUUAGAACCUGAAUAUUCGGUUGCCUGUUUCCCAAACAUAGAAUAUUUGGAAUGAUGCUGAUUGUUGUGUCAUCAGGACCACAGGAAUCUUUACCCUCUGUUUUAUGGUUGAUCUCAAGUCGUCUGACUGCGCUCAGGCUUUGAGGUUUAAAUUAUUUUUUAUUAAAUUCUGGUUCAUUUCCUAAAUUGGAUUUUAAUUUAAGGUCUAAGGGGACUUCCUGAAGGGAGUUUGUUUUCUUGAAGCUUCAUUUGUCACCCUGAGCGAGACGUUGGUCACCUUGGUUGAAAUAAAACAUAUCGGGCAGCAAUAA